AUGAGAUCGUCAGGAUUCUUACUAUUUUUUUUCCUGGUUGGUAUUUGCAACGGUGAAGAGCAAGGUGAGUUUUAAAGCUAACUGGUGUAACUUUUGACAAUAAAUAUAUGAAAAUCAUGUAUGCGAACUGCGGAUAAAGAAAGGAAUAUGGAAGCGAUCUUCGCAGUUAUGAAAACUACUUAAGCAGUCAUGAAAAAUAGGACCUUAAAAUGAUUCAGGCCUGCACGGGAAGUAGUACUCGUUACCGCGAAGAUCGCUUGCAUAUUCUUGGGCGUAAAUUUUAUUACAUGAAUUUUUCAAAACCUUUCUUCUCUUUUCUUUCAAACACUUUAUUUUAAAUACUCACUCACGCUAGUGCUGGCUUCAAUUGGGUAACCUCUGCGAUUUUGCGGGAUUAAAGAUCAUUGAUCAAAAUCGCAAAGAACAUAGUGUCUUUCUGAAUUGAUGAAUUGUUAAAACAAGUGUUCAUCCAUUAUCACAAUAUCAAGACGAAAGUAACGGUAAUGGAAAUUAAUUUUUUCAGUCUCGAUUAUUAUAGAAAAAAAAAAGAAAGUUCCAUAAACUGGUUCAUUUUAGGAAUAGGUUGCUCUUCUAGAUACAUAAAUUAUAGUUUCAAUUUUCCUAAUGUUUAGAAAACUGUCGGAAAGUAGAGAUGAACCCCGCAAAGCAGGACUUCAUCCUCGAGAAACACGUUUUCAAAAUGGUGGAGAUUGAGACAGCCAGCGCAUGUGAAGUGAACUGCUUCAUGGAAGCUGACUGUGUUUCCUACAAUCUAAAACCGCAACAGAAUGGAAAACUUUUGUGCGAAUUGAGUGAUUCAGAUCACGCAAAUAAUCAACAGGAUCUAAGAUACAGAGAAGGGACUGUUUAUAAAUCAUUUAAGGUGAGUUGAAUCCGUUAAGUUUUUGUCCAUAAACGGUCAUAUGUUUUAAAUGCACGAACAGAGAAAACCAAAACAAAACAAAAUGAAAGAAAUAUGGUAAUUUUUUUUCACUUGUCAUGUUGUCUGGUGAAGGAAACCAUACGUUCAAACUUUUUUUUCCUGGAUUUUUUCCUGCAUUCGCACAUGUAUGAACUGAUAGCUUAAUACGUGCAUCUUGAAAUUUAUUAAUAAAUAAAUGGGUGCAUCAGUAUGGAUGGAUUAGCUGGAAGAAGGGAGGAAACUGGGUACCGGAACGAUAGAUUCUAUAAAUAUUUUUAUAUUUUCGCAGAACCGCUGUUCCAGUAUGCUUUGUCCAUCAACAAAGCGAUGCCAAACUGGCUUCACCAAGAAGGGUUAUCGUUGUGUUUGCGCAAAUGGACUACUGGGAGAAAACUGCACUGAAGGUAUGUUGAAUAAAUAAGAAAUUUUUAAGGCAUCAGGAGGACAAUGGAGGUUUGAGGGAGACAGCUUUACCACAUGGUUAUGUAAAUGGUUUAAAUGGCUUUUGUGGUCUUAAAUUGCUGGGAUGGACAAGAAAUUUCUGCAGAGGACCUCUCUUGGCCUCUUGGCCAUAAUGAUCGACUGAUAAUAGGUCUGACGUAAAAUGGAGCUGACUGCAUAAAAGUCGUCGCCUCAGAACGGCGGUUACCAUCAGAUCUUGAAGAAAGUAAACAAUGAUCUUGAUCGACACUUUAAUGAGACUAUUUACGUUAUUCCCAUGGCUUAAUAUCAUUUUGGUGUUUUAGGACCACCUUUGGUGCAAGUUGUUCCCGACAUAAUUGAAACUGUGGAGGGUAGGAACGUUACUAUAAUGUGUAACGUAACAGCUAAUCCUAAACCAGACAGGAACAUAUGGACAAGGUCUGAGGGGAUUCUUUCCAGCGCGAGGACCAUUGUUAGUGAAGGAAAUCUGACCAUAAUGAAUAUCACUUUUCAAGACAAUGGCUCCUACGUGUGUACUGCCACAAACCCCUGGGGUACCAAAUCAUCGUCAGUUCACCUUCGUGUCUAUUCAGCUCUCAAACUUUGCACCGAAGGUAUGUUGAGUUGAUCGAUUUUGCUAUUAUUGGCGUACAAUUAAAGAUCAUGAGCGGGCAGACAGGAAAAAUCAGGGCAUUAGCCUGGAUAUCUUGAUAUCAGUUAAGUUAUAUUUAGCUUGGGGUGGAAAGCAUUGUAGUUUCCUAGUGUAAUUUCUUUUGCAUGGGGCAGUUUGGUAUUAAAAGAACUAAUCUCAUGGUUGUUCUCCAAUAAUCACUCUUCAUCAUAGGCGAUCAAUGCUCACUGAAGGAGUACGGAUGUCUUUCAUUUUUGGUCAUUUUCCGUGAGCAAAUGACAUAUGCGUAAGGAAAAAGAAGGGUGACAUGUGCACGUAAACAAUUAUGUAACAUUCGAUCGGGAUUUAGCGAAACGUAACUGUCGUUUAGCAGCACAUAAAAUUAUUUUGUUACAACUGCUUUUAUUUCAUGAAGGUUUAUACAGGAAAAAAUGAUUCGUUAUGUUUAGUGUGUCUGAAAAUUUUGCUAUCCUUUGCUUUAUCUAUGUAACUGUCACCAGUAUCUAAACCUAAUUUUCACUAAUUAGUCAUACAUGGCUUAGACCAGAAGCCUUCUUCGCUCUCUCCCCUCCCCUCCCCCCCUCCCCAUCUCUUGUGUAUACGCAUGCAUGUUACAAUGUCCGGAAGUACUUUACUAGUCGAGCUUUAUGUGAACAUUGUCGUUGUCAUUGACAUGACUCCUGCAGCGCUCUUUUCUUAGCAUUAAUCCUUUAAGAUUAGAGAUUAUGCAAACUUUAAGGUGAUUCCUCAGAAAAAGUGUUAUUACGACUUUUUUUUUUAAUUUCUUUUUAAAUACUCCCUGCCAUUGUCUGUUUAAAAAAGUACAUGGAAAAGAUAGGUCACCGUGCUCGUUUAAGAGAUACGACAGGAAUAACAUACCCGAUUUAUGCUAGCACUGGUCACGCGCGGUAUUUCAUCGGUUCACGGUACAUUUCGUGGUGGCUAAAAGCAAGGGUUUUAAAGUAACACCAAAGAAAAAAAACUUGAUAGGUAGAAAGUCUCUCGAGCGCAUGGAAAAGUUUGACAUAUAGCCUGAGGAAAAAACACCCAGUUUUAAACAAGAUCGACUCAAAACGUACCUCGAGUCGUUGUUUUCAAGGUCAUGAUUGCAUCAUUGAGUAACGGGCUUAGUGCACGGUUUCAGCUAUAUUUUUUUUGUUUUUGAUGAAUUUUUUUAAUUUCUCCAAUUUUAAAGUAUCAAUCAAAGUAUUCGAGAAAAAAUAUAGGUCACCCACCCUACUGGUUCAAGAAUAAUACCGCGUUCUCAGAAUGCGCCCGCUUAUUCUCCUGAUUACGUGAUAUUUAUGCCCAAUACAGGAUGCGCAGUUCAUUGCUGAGGAAUCAACUUAAAUUAAUUAGAAGGGAGAGAGGGAGGGAGCUGAGGCACCUGCAAACAUGACUUUCUUUGAUGGGAUAAAAAGUGAAUUCCCAAGGAGGACCCCUUGUAACCUCAUGUUUACGCCAGACCUGUUGACGAAGAUAGUCUUUAAAUGAGUCGAUUGGUAACUGGAGUUUACUGUUAAAUCAUUUUUACCUUGAGAUGGCGUUUUUUAUCAACUCUCUUAUAAAACGAGAUGUGGCCAUAAUCGAUGCUUUAACGAGACUAUUUACGUUAUUCCCAUGCCUUAAUAUCAUUGUGGUAUUCUAGGACCGCCUUUGGUGGAAGUUAUUCCCGACAUAAUUGAAACUGUGGAGGGUAGGAACGUUACUGUAAUGUGUAACGUGACAGCUAAUCCUAAACCAGGUGGGAUCAUAUGGAAAAAGUCUGAUGGGAUUCUUUCCAGCGCGAGGACCUUUGUUCGUGAAGGAAACAUCACCAUACUGAAUGUCACUACACAAGACAACGGCUCUUAUGUGUGUACUGCAACAAACCCCUGCAGUACCAAAUCAUCGUCAGUUCUCCUUCGUGUCUAUUCAGCUCUCAAAUUUGUCAUCAAGCCUCCAUCGAAUGUGACAGUGAUGGCUUAUAAAGCUGUCAUUCUGCGUUGCUCUGCUUCAAGCGACCUGAUGCCAACCAUCCUAUGGACGUAUAAUGAAACUUUUUCCUUACCUUCAGGGGCGGCUGUUGACUCCUUGAAUGCUUUGAUAAUUUUAUCUCCUAACAUAUCUCAUUCUGGUACCUACACUUGUAAUGCGACCGAUGCAUUCAGCUCAAUUCAAACAAGCGUCACUGUUCAUGUCAAAUACCCUGAAACAUGCUCCAAACUGAAGGCAAACAUCAGCAACGUCAGUGGUGAUUACCUUAUCGAUCCUGACGGUGACCUUGGCGAGGAUCCAUUUCCUGUUUACUGUAACAUGACUGACAAAGGAGGCGUUGGAGUGACAGUCGUCAGUCACAACAGUGAAAAUAGAACGCAGGUGAUAGGAUACAAUGGGCCUGGUGAAUAUUCCCUUGAUGUUCAUUACAGCUCUGCCAGCAUAUCUCAAUUAAAAGCUCUGACGGAAGCCUCUGGUAACUGUCAACAGUUCAUCAAAUACGAGUGUUUCCACGCCAGAUUAAAUAAAGGUGGAUUUUCAUGGUGGGUUUCACGUGACGGCCAGAAAAUGACAUACUGGGGGGGAGAAACUGAUGGCUGCGCAUGUGGUUUAACUGGAUCGUGCGCCGAUGACGAAUCACUGAAGUGUAACUGUGAUAAAAAUGAUGAAAAUUGGCGGGAAGACAGCGGUUUCCUUACCAUCAAGUCCCACCUUCCCGUCAAACAGCUAAGAUUUGGUGACACGGGAGAUACAAGUCUCAAUGAAGAAGGAUACCACACCUUAGGAAAACUAGAGUGCUAUGGCCUGACCUAG